GUGAUCAUCAAUUGCUGACGUCAUAGACCCAUCAAACGUCAAAAUAACUCGCUGCUCAAGGUUUAGUCGACUCCAAGCUCCCGGUCGACUGAUAUCUACCGAUUACCUCCUCCUGUAGGCUGGCUGAAGUAAUACUCAAGUAUUCACGGGCUCUUGAACUGUAGCUUGUCUUCGGCAAGUUUCUAUCGACCCCGAAAAUCGGAAUUAUAGGUCUCGUGUGCCCAGAUCCAACAAUCUUACUAGUUUGACAAGUACAAGAUACGAUGUCUGGGAAACAUGUUACGUUCAUCCUUGUGGUCUUUCUCUGGCACUACGGAAGUUCCCAAGUUCAUCCGCAAGUUCGUCUAGCCGGAGGCUGGGAGCCUCAUUCAGGUCGAGUUGAAGUUUUCUACAAUGGAAACUAUGGAACAGUGUGUGACGAUAAUUGGAGCAUUGAAGCAACGCACGUCGUCUGUAAGGAACUUGGUUUCAGAAAGGGGGAGACGUUCCAUUACGAUGGCAGAUAUGGCCCAGGAGGUGGGGAAAUUUUAUUGGAUAACACACAUUGCAAUGGCGAUGAACUGUCAAUUUUCGAUUGUGAGCAUAAUCCUAUUGGGCGCCAUGAUUGCAGUCACGCUGAAGAUAUUGCUGUCACAUGUGUUCCAUUACCGAUAACGGAGCCACCCCCACCGCCUAAAGAAAGAUUUGAACUCCGCUUGAGAAGUAAAAACGACGUGGAACCCAUUAAUGAAGGAAUACUUGAGAUGAAUUUGGGGAACAAUAAAUGGCGUACAAUCUGCGCAGAUGAUUGGAAUCUCGAUGCAGCUAAAGUUGCGUGCGGUGAAUUAGGAUUUAGUAAAGCUUACAAACCUACAAAGAAAUAUAGUAAUAAAGAUUACAGAAGAAAAAGCAUGAUACGAACAGGUAUCCAGUGCAUAGGAACUGAGAAUUUGCUGUCGGACUGUGAAAUUGAAGAACUUGAACAUAGAAAAUAUUGUAAAUCACGACGAGCAGUUGCUUUGAAAUGCGAAACAGCUGAAUAUGGACAUAAAUACAGCAAUAGACCGAACCCAGUAGGUACAGGAAAGAAGAAUAAUGAUAAGAAAAAGAAUGCUACUCAAGAGGUACAAUCUACGCAAGGAAAUUAUGAACCAGAGGUACGAUUAAAGGCAGGCGCUUACAUUGGUGAGGGUCGUGUAGAGGUUUACCAUGCUGGCAAAUGGGGGACUGUGUGUAAAACUGGUUGGGACCUUGGCAGUGCUAGCGUAGUCUGUAGACAGCUUGGAUUUGGAUCAGCUAAAGAAGUUAUUUUUGAUGCUGGAUUCGGACAAGGAAUUGGUCCUGUCUGGCUCUGGGACAUGUAUUGUAAGGGAAACGAAAAAUCUAUUUUAGAUUGUUACCAUGGGAUAUGGAAUGGAAGUUCGUGCACACAUUACGAUGACGUAGGUGUAAGAUGCAAUGUGCCAAAACACGAUCUGAAAAAGAACGUUCGUAUAGUCAAUGGUCGAUGGGGGUCAGAAGGGCGUGUAGAGGUAAUGGUGGGUAAUUCGUGGGGCUAUGUUUGUGGUGAUACAUGGGAUAUGGUGGAUGCGUUAGUAGUGUGUCGUCAACUGGGAUUGGGGUAUGCAAGGCAGGCGUUACCAACAACAUACUAUUAUGGCAGUAGGCUUAGAGGAGCCAUGAUAAUGGGUGAUGUACAUUGCACAGGUAAAGAAUGGAGUUUAAUGGACUGUCCUCACACGAUUAGGGCCAACUUCACAUGCAGUUCACCAACAAUGCGUGCUGGAGUCAUAUGCGAUGUGGCACUUCCCGACGUGGUCUUAGAUGUACACAGACUCAGAGAGUAUCUUUACCUGCAAGACAUGCCACGACAUCUUCUAAAAUGUGCUGCAGAAGAAGGAUGUUUAUCCAGUGUUCCUGACAAAUAUGGUGGAUCUAGGCGAUUGCUGCGAUUCUCAACUGUCAUUUUGAACCGAGGUUUAGCUGCGUUUAAACCAUUCUUGCAACGUAACGACUGGGUGUGGCACGCAUGUCAUCUCCAUUAUCACAGCAUGGAAGUAUUCUCAACAUACGACUUGAUUAGUCGAGAUGGAGAGAAGGUCGCAGAAGGACAUAAAGCGAGUUUCUGUCUAGAGGACACCGAAUGUGAUCCCGGACACACUAAACGAUUUACUUGUACAACAGAACAAGGAAUCUCUGUUAAUUGUAAAGAUAAUUACAAGCAUAGCAUAGAUUGUCAAUGGAUAGAUCUUACAGGGGUCGAAUCAGGAAACUAUAUUCUUAAGAUUCAUGUUAAUCCAGACAAAUUUGUAGGCGAGACAGAUUAUGACAACAAUGAAAUUCAGUGUGAGUUGUAUUACAGCGGAUAUAGCGUGUCUCCAGGUCGAUGUCAUUACAGUUACGAUCUUUAAUGUCAGCCGUUUUAAGAAACCAAACUAGAGACCAACAGACAAAUGUAGCCAUUAUAUAUGGGAAGCAACACAGGAUGAAGAACGAUUAAUAAACACCCUUAAUGUUCAAAGGUUGAGGUUAAAAGACGUUAUAAAUAGAUAAUUUCAGAGCAGUGGAUGUACCAUUGAUGUUGUUUAGACCGGAUAACAAGCAAUGUACCAGCAUACCGAGUUUACCGAGAAGAUUAGCAGUGGACAUAAAUUAGAAAGAAAUCAAAAUUUUCCGUUUUCAUUCUCUUUUAUACCACAAGAAUCUUUGCUGUCUCUAAUAUCUAAAAUUUUAAAUACCGUAGUUCAAUACAGUAUCUCUUUUUUAAAAGUCUAUAAAUUUAUUUUAGUGAUGGAAACAUGUUAUUAUUAAAACGUAACACUCCAUAAAACUUAUAGUUGUUUGAUUCAAGAAAUAUAUGAGGAUAUUAAGGAUACACGUAUAUGAUUAAUUUGUUGAGAAAAUCGGAUUAUAUUACAAUAGUAAUAGAUCGAUGAGUCAACAUAUCUAUUAAUGCAUCCAUCCAUUUUUUCUGUCUGUCUGCUCCUUUUCCAUUUGUGCACUUUUAUGAUUCAAGAAACAUAUGUUAAGGAUACAGUAUAUAGGUCCAUAUUAUUCUUACUUUAUUGAGGAGAUUAGGUAAUAUAACAAUAAUUGAUCGAUUGAUUCUAUCCAUCCUUUAUCCAUUUUUCCAUCCAUCCAUCCACCUAUCUAUCCAACUAUUCACCUAUCUUAUUGAUAUCCAUCGGUCGUUAGAUUGACCUGAGCACUCAAAUUAAUUAACACUAUUUUUAGACUUUUCAUAUACUGUACUUAUAUUUUUAUUUAUUUGUCAACAUAAUUUAUUUCUUUUUUAUUUCUUUUUUAUUUUAUAUUAAUGACUUUGGUGUAGACUUGGCGUAGUUUGUAUAUAAAAUCAUUUUUAUAGCUUUUUCAUUUCCUGAAUGGGUGGGCAUUAUAUAAGCCUUUAGUUAAUAAAGUAUUGUAAUGUCAAACUGA